CACGAUUUCACACCAAUGAGCAUGCCGCAUGUAGCUCCCACUCACUGGGAUCAGAAACACUAGAUAUCUUCAGUCCCGAGCUGUCCAAUUUCAUACGAAUACAAACCAGCAUUGGCUAGACGGAGGCUGCGUUCUGCCAAAACGCACAUUGGGGCUAGGCAGUAAUAAAAAAGAAGGGGAGAAAGAGUCCUGCAGCUCUCUCGCACACCGGACUCAAGGAUUUGCACCAUGAAGACCAGACUAGGCUGCCUGUCCAACAAAUCUGACUCCUACAAUGACUUCUCUGAGUUCCUGCCUCCCGCGCAUGAAACCACAGCCAGGUGUCUGAAACUAUCAACGGAUGAAGUUGUUCGAUGGUCUGAAUCAUUUGAUCAGCUCAUCUCUCACAAAUAUGGAUUGCCUGCAUUUCGAACAUUUCUCAAGACAGAGUUCAGUGACGAGAAUAUCGAGUUCUGGAUGGCCUGCGAAGAGUACAAAAAACUCAAGAGUUCAACCAAGCUUGUGUCAAAAGCCAACAAGAUCUUUAAGGAGUUCAUCGAUGUUCAGGCACCAAGAGAGAUAAACCUUGACUACCGCACCAGGGAAAGGACCAAGGAGAGCCUGGCGGAUCCCACUCCAAACAGCCUCAACGAGGCCCAAGCAAAAAUCUACAGCCUCAUGGAGAAAGACUCCUACCCACGAUUUCUCAGGUCCAAGAUGUACCAGGAUAUAGUCAACAGGGCUCAUGCGCAAGGCCAACGGAGGUCUGUUUAACAAAAUUUGAAGACCACAGUGGACAUGAUACUGGACCUACACUGUAGAUCAUUUGUUAACCCUCUGACAUCAUCUCUUAAUACUGUGAAUCUGCAAAGAUGGGGUGACAUGCUUGACUGUUUCCUUUGUCUAUACCAGCUCCAUGCAUGCAAUCCCUGUAGAUAAUAUGUGUCUCUGUGGACUGCACUGGACAGAGAGGAGAUUGGUGUCGAUAAGCUAAGUGUUUUACCUCUGCUCAGUGCUGGGCGAUAUGUCUGAAAAUAGUAUCACAAUAAAAUGAUAUCGUGCAAUAAUGAUAUUUAUCACAAUACAUAUUAAAUAAUCUGUUAUCUCUGUUAUUUAUUUAAAGUUAGUCAUGCACAUCAGUCAUAUAGCAUGAUUAAAGAUGGGACCAUUGGAUGACAUGUAACAUAAAGUUACAUAAAAUACUACAACCAUCUGAUCUUGCAAAAAAAUUUUCUGAGUUGAGACCUACAACUGCCCAAAAAUGACUUUAAUGACCAUAAACACCAAAAUAAUCCAAAAAGCAAAGUGACUGUAACUUGAUUUUCAGAUUAUAAAGAAACUCUAAAAUUUUUGUUUAAGACGAAUACUCUGAGAUAAAACACAGUGCGUAAAAACUGAGGACAGAUGAAUGUCUACAGAUGUCCUAAAAUUAUGCAUAUUUCUAAAGGAAAAUGCAUUGUUUAUCUGGUUGAGAUCCAUUUUCAUAAUGCUAACCAUUUAUCAUAACCAUUAUUGCUGUCUUUAUUAAAAGAUAUAAAUGGCAUAUUUUCCGACCAAUAUGUCCUCCAACCUGAACGACCAUCAUUUUUACUCCCUGCCCUAAUAAAUAUGAACUAUAGGAGCAGCAGUAAAUAUAGCACAGAUAUUUGACACCUCCUGUUAUGUGUAGGCACAAAGCACACCUUGGGUUUAGAGGAAAAUCUGGAGUUAAAAUGGAGGACCUUUGCAUUAUGGUUGGAGUAAAAAAAAAACAUAGUCAGGUUAUGGAAGUAUCAGGGUUAUUGGUUCAAAAUGCACAUGUUUUCUCAAAAGUUUUGUGGACCCAUCCAUCCACCCCAACCUUCACCCCAUUUGGACUCUGUGAUUCAGCAUCACUUUGCUUCUUCCUUUCGCUCACAUCACAAGACUUUGACAACUAGAGGGUGCUUGCACAAUGAAGCAUGCAGUAGAUAUGGGUCAUAACAAGCUGUUUGUACAAACGAUCUGUUGAGGCAGGUUUUUUCUCUUUGUUUUUCUUGGGAGGAAAGUCUUAUUACAGCAGAUGGUUGAUGCUUUUUGGGUCAGACUGUAAAUGUGAAAUAGCAUCAAACCAGUGACUUGGAAGAAUACUUUUGCCAACAUUUUCACUGUCUUUCGUUGAACCAGCUUUUCCUCUUCACUGCAAUGUUUAUGUAUUUACAAUAGAAGGUGGCUGACAUCCUCUGUAUACUUUGCCUCCCCUGUAGAAGUCCAGCACACUUUACCUGACUGGAUUUACUCAAGACUCUGUAAUGGAGAUCUCUUAUAUUUCAUCACUGAGAAAAGUAUAACGAGAAAACCAUCAUUAUCACGUGACUCUCCAGCUCUGCCACCACUCAUCCUACUUUCUUUGUAAAAUAGACACUGUUGUAUGCAGAGAUUAGACCUGUUGUGGUAGUUUGUGUUUACAUCGAACAACAAAGUGAGUGACCACUUAAUAUCUGAAACUGUGCCAAAAUAAGAAGUUGCACUUAUAUAUUGAUAUUGCAUAAUCCUGUGUAUUGUAAACUCUUGCAGGUAUUCUAUGUGAUAUUAAAUGUUGACUAUAACACAGGGUUGGGUUUGUUUUUGCUUUCAGUUCAAGAAGUGGAGAUUUGCUGUCACUUCUAUUCAACUUGUUGCACAUGGUUAAUUCAGUGCAUCCUUUUGGACCAAUCAUUCAUAGAUAAUAUUCUGUUUAAUUAGGCCUCAUUUAAGCCAUGUUACUGAACUAAAUCAUAAAUUUAACUGUUUUGUUUGGACUCCUUAUGAACAUUGGUCUUAAAAAAGUUUGAUGCAAUGACUCAUUAUCUGCAUUUGCGAAGUUCAGAAGUGCUACUUUAAAAGGGAUUGAAAUGGCAAACUAAAAUAGAAAUUGCAUAACUCAUUUGCUAAAAUAUGGAAUAUAAUCAGCAGUCAGCACUUCAUUAAACUGAAUAUGAAACACAGGUGCCCCAGUGCUGUUUGCAGUGCAUUAAUAGAGUCAGCCCAACCCUCACAGGAUCUGUUGAAAAUGUGUUGUGCAAAUUUCCUAAAACUAUUUUCAGCAUGAUGCAAUACUCAGAAUAACUAUAUAGAUAUUCUUUGACUUGUACAGUAUGUUAUGAAAAUGACUGCAAAAAACAACUUAAUCUAUGUGCUCCCUUAGCAUUUGCACUCCUUUAAAUGAACUGACUGAAAACUUUCCUGCACAUUUAAAGGGUGACAAAUACUUCCUGUAGUGCAUGUGUACCAUAUAGACCAACCUGUUGGACAUGCAACAAUAUGAACAUAUUGCCAUAAAUGGUAUGUUACUGUUUUCCUUAUGAAUGUAGCCUCUCCUCUAUAUUUUGCAAUUAAAUAUAAAUAUGCAUCUCUA